GUACUAUAAAAACGUUAGCCUUGUUAGAACCCUCACCCCGAACCGGUCAGAGUUUGAGUUUUUCUCUUGUUUUUUUCCUUGCAUCUUCUUUUCAGUUGUCGAUUUGGCGUAUGUUGAUUAUAUAUAUAUAUCGGUGACAGUCUGUGUAUAAUUUUCUUCCAUUUGGUCCUUAUAGAUGCUAGGUGGUCAAGAUUGCGCAUGGAUUAUGUGAAGUCUAGGCAUUACUACUCCUUUUAUUGUGUUUGAUUCCGGCUUUCGCUUUGUUGCCUUUUGUUUUUGGGGCAGGAGUGAGGUUUAUUGAUCUCUAAUUCGUUUUUGCAUUUCGUUUAGGGGGAUUUUGCGGGAGGAGUGAGUUUUUUCUUUUGGGUUUAGGGUCUUUUUGUUUUUGUUUUUGUGUGGCGUUACUAUCGUCAGCGAAGGAAUGGACAAGAAGAAGAUGGCGGUUCCUUUAGUCUGCCAUGGGCAUUCUCGCCCUGUCGUUGAUUUGUUCUACAGCCCUAUCACUGCGGACGGCUUUUUUCUCAUCAGCGCAAGCAAGGAUUCAAGCCCCAUGCUGAGAAACGGGGAGACAGGUGACUGGAUUGGUACAUUUGAAGGACAUAAGGGUGCAGUUUGGAGCUGUUGCCUUGACGCUAAUGCCUUGCGUGCUGCUUCAGCUUCUGCUGAUUUUUCGGCGAAAGUAUGGGAUGCCUUAACUGGUGCUGAGUUGCAUUCUUUUGAACACAAGCACAUUGUUCGUGCUUGUUCCUUCUCUGAGGACACCCAUAUGCUUCUAACUGGUGGAAUUGAAAAAAUAUUGCGCUUAUUUGAUUUGAAUAGACCUGAUGCUCCACCGAAUGAAAUUAAUAAAUCACCUGGAUCCAUCAGAACUGUGGCAUGGCUUCAUAGUGACCAGACAAUUCUAAGUUCAUGCACUGAUUUAGGAGGCGUGAGAUUGUGGGAUGUACGCAGUGGAGAAACCAUCCAAAUUCUGGAAACAAAAUCUCCUGUUACCAGUGCCGAAGUUAGUCAAGAUGGUCGCUACAUUACAACCGCUGACGGUUCAACUGUCAAAUUUUGGGAUGCAAAUCAUUUUGGCCUCGUGAAAAGCUACAAUAUGCCAUGCACUGUUGAAUCCGCUUCCCUUGAACCCAAGUUUGGAAACAUUUUUGUUGCUGGAGGAGAGGAUAUGUGGGUUCGUAUCUUUGAUUUUCACACUGGUGAAGAAAUCGGUUGCAACAAAGGCCAUCAUGGCCCUGUCCAUUGCGUGCGUUUCUCUCCCGGUGGUGAAUCUUAUGCAUCAGGUUCUGAGGAUGGCACCGUUAGAAUAUGGCAGACUGGUCCUGUCACCUUUGAUGAUAAUGAAUCCUCGCCUGCUGUUGAAGUUUCUGGUAAGAGUAACGUGCUAGUUAAUGAUGUUGCUCGCAAAGUUGAGGGCUGUCAUAUAUCCUCUGAUGGAAAAUUUGAGAAGGGUGGGGCAACAGCAGAAUCCUAGAAUGGAUUUUGUACGUAAAUUGUUGUUUUUCAUGCUUGAUGUCGUUUGUAAAUUCCUGUAUUUUCUCUGCCCCUUUAUUUUAGCGUUUUAAGGUAGCAAUAUAUAGAGAGAAAACACACGCAUGCAGUUUUAAUGAAAAUGGUUUUUAAUAUGAUCCUAAGAACUU